CUCUUCGGGUAACACAAUACCCAAACCAUCAUCUCGCUUUCCUUUUAUCUCCAAACCAGCUUUGUCUUCAUCAGUCCCUCUCCGCUGUCUUUGGUCUCUUUACAAGUCUGAUACCAAUACCCAGGCAUCAUGUCACAAGCAACCUCCCCGAAAUCACUUAUCCAGACCACAAUGAAGGACCUGUUCCUCCACAGCCAAUUUUCCGAUAUGACCGUUACUUGCCAGGGAUUCACCUUCAAAGUGCACCGGUCGAUUCUGUGCACUCAGUCUGACUUUUUCAAAGCCGCAAUGAAUGGGAACUUCAAGGAGGGCAAGGGUCUCACAGUCGAUCUGCCGAAAGACGACCUCGAAACGAUUGAACGCGUUCUAUCGUUCCUGUAUUUCAAUUAUUACAGCGAGGACAGCCAUAUCAUGGAUUUGAGUCCCCAUUUGAAAACUCGCAAGGCUACCACUUCGGCUUCUCGAUCCAAAAAGAAAGGCGGGGACGAGAAUAUUACAGCAUACAAUCACGUCCGGGUCUACGUGGCCGCCGAUAAAUUCGGGAUUCUGUCUCUGAAAAAGUUUGCUGCAGAACGCUUUGGCGAGUGGUGCGAACACAACUGGGAAUCCAAGGAUUUUCAUGCUGUACUCGAGCUUUCCAUGGCUAUGAUUCCGCCACACGAUACUAGCUUCCACAAAGCUAUCUCCAGUGUUAUCUCCGAGAACAUAGUGGAACUGGUAAGAAAUGGGGCUAUCUCACAGUUUGUGGAAUCGCAGGGGAAGAUUGGCUGGGGUAUUAUUUCGGACCUGAUUCACCGAUGCCAAGUAUGGGAACCUAGCUGGGACAGGGCUGUAGUCAACCUUAUGAACAACGCCUUGGAGAGAUCUAAAUGCCAUCAAUGCGGCGAUUCUCAGGGUGAGCUGCGCGUCGAUUUGCAACCGGGCGAUAUUCGGAUGCAAAGGUACCGUUGUGGCUACUGCGGCACGGUUUAUCGUAACGUCUGAACUUUAU